GCGUGCGCACCUAGGUACGUCUAUUUCUCCGUAAACUUCCAGCGAAGGGAGCCUGUAGGGGCAUGCUUCGCCACAAAGGAUAUGGGCCGAGGAAACGAGUACGCCCCCUGUCGGACAGCCGUACAAUCGGAACCCUUCCCGAGAUGGGGUUAUCACAGACAGGGAUUCUGUCAGGCUGGCUUCAGUCUACAGAUCACAGACGAUGAGAGAGCCAUAGUCGGAGCCAUCGGUAGCUGGUACUGGCAAGGUCAAGUUUACUCCCAGAACUUGAACAAGAAUGAGGACUUGAAGGCGACCAAUGAGGGACCAGCUACCGAAGACGAUAGCUACCUCGACAUCGUGGCUGGCAUGCCUAAAUGGAAUCUAACAGGCCAGGUGGUUGUCAUGGAUACGAACCUCGGCAGUCUGCACAACAUGACUGGAGAACAGUACGGCUCGUCGUAUGGCGCUGCUGUCGCCGCUACGGACCUCAACGGCGACGGGUUGGAUGACGUCGUCGUAGGAGCGCCAUAUUUUUAUAAGGAGGAUGAGGAGUUAUCGUAUGAGACAGGGCGAGUCUACAUCUACUACCAAAACAAACGCCAUCACUUCCCGGCCAGUAAGACGGUCAUCAUAGAUGGGGACGAUGACGGAGGAAGGUUCGGUCAGGCCAUCUCUGCUAUAGGGGAUGUCGACCAAGAUGGCUACAACGAUAUUGCGAUCGCAGCGCCAUACGGCGGCAAGAGAGGGCGAGGCAUCGUGUACAUCUACCACGGGAGCAAGAAGGGUCUCGUUAUACCAGCAGUACAGGUGAUUCUAGCCGAGGAUGUAAGCAGACGACUUCACGCGUUCGGUUACUCUCUCGCCGGAGGCAUGGACCUGGAUGGAAACGAGUAUCCAGACUUCUCCGUGGGUGCCUACGAGUCGGACCGCAUCGUUCACUUCAAAUCACGUCCGGUCGUCACCUUCGAAGCGAACCUCAAGAUCAACCCGAACGACAUCAGCCUAGACGAGCAGGGUUGUCGCCUGAGAGACAACACCUACGUACCCUGCGUCGUCGUCACCUCCUGCCUGCAGUACUACGGCAAGGGAACGCCGCAGCAGCUCGUGGUGAACGUGACACAGACGUUGGAUGUGAAGAAGGCGGUGGGACAGCGGUUGUUCUUCCAGCACAACGAGGGGAAGAACGUUGAGUCGUCGUCCAUACGGCUGAUGAGGGAGACGAAGUGGUGCCGAGCUUUCCACGUUUAUCUCCGGACGAACGUAAGAGACAAGUUGAGUCCGAUCACGGUGGAGAAUUUCCGAACCCGAACAAGUGAUCUUCCCGUCUGACUACGAGAUGACGGUGGCGCCAACUACCGAGGAGGAGAUUGGUCCAGAGAUAACGCACGUCUACGAGGUGCAGAACAUUGGUAACAGUCUCAUCUCUCAAGGCGAGGUUAAGAUACUCUGGCCAAGCUUCACAAAACUGAAGGGACAUCUACUCUACCUCAUAGCGACGCCUAUCGUCGUGGGUGGCGACGGCACGGGGUCGUGUCAGGCCAAUAACGUCAACCCUGCGCGUGUCAAGGCGCUCGAAAAGACUAAAACAAUAGAGGAGCUGAUCAGGAGAAACCGGUCGGAGACGACCGAGGGGAAAACCUCCUCCCCCUCCUCCUCCUCCUCGCUGAACACAGUGGAAGAGAAGCACUCAGUGAAGGUGAAGCGGGCGACGAGCGAGGAGAGGCUGCUGCAUGUCGACGAGCUGGAGGGGAGGCUGAAAUGUGAGAACAAGGAAUGCGCUAUGAUCACGUGUUCUACGGGCCAGCUCGAGCCGACGGAAUAUGUCGUCAUCUUCGUCAGAUCACGUCUCUGGCUGGAAACACUGGUCGCCGAGAAAGCUUGACGAGGUGACGAUUAAUCGUCACGUGGUAUAGCCACGUCACGAGAGGCUGCCUUAUACUGUACACCCGCACCGCCGAGCCGACCUGAGCUCACCACGAAGUGCAGGUGAAAACAGCAGUGAACCCGGAACAUCCGGAGGUAAUAGCGAAGGCUGUGCCUCUCUGGAUCAUUAUCCUGGCUGUGGUGGCAGGAAUUCUCCUGCUAGCAUUGCUCAUCCUCGUGCUCUGGCAGCUCGGAUUCUUCAAGAGAAAGAAGCACCCGGAUGCAGAGAAGGUGGUAGCGAGCAACGGUCCACCAGGCUACAGCAGCGUGCCUGCCAACUACAACUACGGACACACCGACCACGGAUCCUACUACACAUAAUAAACACCCUCCACCGCGCGCAUGCGCACGCCGGUCCCCACGUCGCAGCAGCGCGGAGAGAUACCGUUAGUGUGCGACGCUCUCGGUAGAUGGAGCCACUUCCGUCCGCUCGUUGUGCGGAGGAAAAAUUCGUGUUGCAGAGCCAUGGAUUCAGAUCGAGCUAUCUAAAUCUACAUCUAUAUCUGGCCACAGGUUGAGACAGUGGUAUCUAAGUCUAUAUCUACAUCUAGCCAUAGACUCAGAUAUAGCCAUCUAUCCAUGGCUCUGCUUCUGGUCACAGCGGGAGCGCCAUCUACAGGAUAAUUGACCAACUAACGCUGCCUUCCGCUGUUGUCUGUAUAGGAGCAGUAUUCCGGGGGUGGACGUGAGAGGGAUAGUGUGUCUUACCGAGUGUGUCUCGCGCGCAAAUAGAACGUAUCCGUAAAACAAUGCUCGACCAGCCAAUUACAGGUGCUGUUCACUGAUGGCGCUGCAGUCGGAUUUAAACACUGCACGACGGCAGCAGAUUCAUCCAGUAGACUGGUUCCCUGUCCACGCAUUAGAGUAACUCUCGGUCACUGCCGCAUACGCACUGGCAAAACGUCGAGGACAGGGAACCAGUCUAAUUUAUUUAGAGGCCUCCUGGCAUGAAAUGUGUAGAAUGUCUCAAGGUCAAAAUUGAGAGAAAAAAUUCUCUAUAGGAAAGAGAGAGAGAGAGCAUAGGAAACUUGUACAGUUUUUACGUGGAAAUAUUGUAAAAUGUUUAUUUUUGCUGGUCGUCCGUGUGAUCGCUUUAUUAGUAACAAACGACUGUAUACAGCUAAUAUACAAUUGAUAUACAACUAAUAUACAAUUACUCACAAUUGUGUGCAAUUAUAUAUAUAUAUCUCUCAAAUUGUAUACGGUCUUUGUAAAACUCUUUUCCUAACCAUUUUCUUAUUGUAAUACCCGUGAAAUGCAAUGUUUAGCUUUAACAUCAUAGAUGCAUCUAACAAAGUUUUAAACAAAUAGUUUUUUAAAAUCUAAAUUAGCUUUUUAUUACCACCUUCUUUGCAUCGCGCUUGACCUUAUAGUUGGUUGGUGUAAUAACGAAACUUUGCUACGCAAAGCGUAGUUCGAUAGUUUAAAUAUAUAACUAAGAACGUUGCUACGCAAGGCAUCUACGCGACGAAAUGUGCAAAAGAAUAAUGAUGCAUUAAUGGUGCUGCUGCCAACCGCAAACUUUUGUAUUGCUGCAAAAAAAAACAUCUACGUUUGUACAGCAUAUACGAUUAGAUGAUAUUUUGUUUUCGUAGUUUCAUUGUUUGUUUGUUUGUUUGUUGUUAAUUUUGUACAGAUUGGAAUGAAUCCUCGUCACUAAUGUCUCGUUAUUGUGUCUCUGAUUAUGUGUGCGAUCUAUCUGUGUUUCAAUUGAAGCGUUAAUGUUGUACUGGGUUUACACACAGUAUCGGCGCGUGUGCACUGUUGAUAAGGUCUUAUAAGAAACGUAUAGAUAGAUAGAUUGAUAGAUAGAAAACCUAUCCUGUAUGUUAUGUUUACGAUUAAUCGAUUGAUCGAUUAUUCGAUUGAUCCGAUGGAUACCAACUCUACAUUUUUACGAGCUCGUGUUAGGGCGUGACACAGUACGACGGAAUAAGACGCACGCGCACGUACGGCCGCCAGAUGGCGUUCAUUGAUACCCUACUAUUAGCGGAGACGUUAAGACGAGAGACCGGGAAGUGACGUCAUAGUAAUCAGUGUUUCGGCAUCAAACGGUGACGUCACUUUCGGACAGCGACGUCAUGAAAAUUGCCGAAUUACCUUUGAUGCUAAUGAAAGCUACGGUUACUCUAUUUCGUAGUUGUGCCUCCACCACGGCUUGUGUGUGAAGCAAUAAACACACCGCGGCCUAACUAGUAUCACCAGUUGGUGCGAUGCCUCAGAAAUAGAUGAGGUUAGGGGGAGGUUAUCCUAUAGAUAGUUUUCCGCCUCGGUCUACGGUUCCUGGUGAUUUUACGGGCAUCGGCGUCAUGAAUCGCGCGAGAUCUCGCGCAAAGUUGUUCUCAUGGUCGAUCGACUCAUGGGUAUCUAAAUUAUGCAUUGUAUUAUAUAUAUAUAUAUAAUGUAUAAAUUAGAUACCUAUGGACUGAUAUCACGACGUGAAGUUUCGUACUCAUGUUUUUAUACCAUUGUGAGAUUAAUGAAUGCAACGUGCCACGCUCUUCCAACUAGACUGGUUCCACGUCGCCACCCUUCAUUGUUAGAGACAGGCAACGGCUAAUACAUAGAAGUUUGUGUUUCGUCUAACCAUCUCCAAAAUUCGAUUGAACGCGCGCUACAACUCAUGAACAACGUGAAUGACAUUAACCGUUGCCAUGGUCUUAAUUGGCUUUGAUUGAACUACGUGAUUGCACUGUCAACGCAAUAUAACCAUUAAAUUGCAUUGUCUAUAAACGAAAUUUAUCCAUUAAAUUGCACUGUUUAUUAGCGCAAUUUAACCCACCAUUAAAUUGCAUGUUCUAUUUACGCAAUUUAACUACUUAAUUGCGAUGUCUGUCUAUUAACGAAUUGAAGAGACGAUGUGAAAUCAGUAUUUAAAUUGACUACGUCACGAAUUCUCUAUGGUGUAUAUUUGUAAAAAAAAAAUUGCCACAUUAAAAGCAAGUACGUACUAACGGGACUAAACGUAUCGUUACCCGAUAAGAUUGUUGCUCAAUUAGUUAAAAAUCCAAAAAACCUUGACGAUUUGAUAAAUAUGAUCCUGACAUCCAUAGCUUGCUACGGGCUAUGCAUGAGUCACGAGUGUAUGUUUACAUCGAACAAUAUAGUUAAAUAGGAAGUAGAAUGCAGCAAUUUAACCAUAAAAAGUAAACAGAUCGAAUUACUUGCAUUUUGUGGAAAAGUGGAAAUAUUUUCUUUACUUUUUGCUAUCUACGGUGACGUAAUCACUUUAAAUCGUUAAUCUGGUUGUUUGAAGCAACGUGCCACGACAUGCAUCCACGGCGUUGAAGAACACUCGUGUAGUGUGUACAAUGACUAUAUAGACAUAGAGAACUCAGACUUAUACACACCGAGAGACUAUUGUUAGUUCAAAGUAAAAGUACAUUGCGUGUAAUUUAUGAUAUUUAUAUAAUGCUAGAUAAUUAAUGAAGGAAUAAACAGUUUUUGGAGUACGUAUAUAUUUA